GGAGCAGUAACUUAACUGCUAUUACUUACCCCCUUAAAUACAAACCCUCUAUUUUAUCCGCUUGAACAGUGUCCGAAAGUGAGAAAUCAAAAGAGAGAUUCUCAUUCUCGGAGUAGCUUUUUCUAUUUGGCCUCUUCUUUUUCCAGUAUUCGUUUCUCCCCUUUUUGAAAUUUUUUAUUAUUCGUCUUGAAUAUUGGUCGGAUUAAUUUAAUUAUAAAGCUUUGCUUCUAGAUCACGCUUGAGCAAGUUUAGAGAAAAAAAAAAGGCAGUUUCAGUUGGGGAUGUGUGGUGUGGUGGCUGUGGUCAUAACCGUGACUCACUCACACAAUUAGUUAACUUCAUUGAGAUUGAUGUUAGAUAUGGCGGAAGUGAGAGGAAGGGACACGUGGACGGAGGAGCUGGCGAGUCUGAUAGAGGAUUCCGGAGUACGCUACGGCGGAGAUCCACUGGAUUUGGACAUGUCCUCGAGGACGUCGUUUGAGGUGAGGAGAUCGGUGUACGCACCUCAAGCUCAAGCUGAGUCGGUGGAAUCGGGGGAGAGCUUCAAGGAGCAGGCUGUGGGGUUUGUGAUGGCUUGGUGUGAGAUUCUCAUGGAGUUAGGCAGAGGUUGUAGAGACAUUCUGCAACAGAACCUUAUGAACGAGGAUUCCUAUGUAGUGAAGAAGCUUUCUGGGCCUUGUGCUAAGGUUUCCAAGAGGUUGAGGUUUCUCAACGACUUUCUCCCCGAAGAUCGCGAUCCUGUUCACGCUUGGUCCGUUGUGUUCUUCGUUUUUUUUCUUGCGCUCGCAGCUAUUAGUGUAGAUCCCAACCGUGAUGCUGUAGCUCCUGUGAUGAAGGUCCGCAAGCAUCCUCCUAGUGCUAGUCGUGUGCUACUUCCUGAUGGUAGAUAUGUGGCUUAUUGUGAGCAUGGUGUUUCUGCGGACACAGCUAGAUUUUCACUUGUUGCUCCACAUUCUUUUCUUUCAUCCAGACUAGCAGGUUUACCUGGAGUUAAAGCAUCAUUGCUUGAAGAGUACGGUGUUCGCUUGGUCACAUAUGAUCUUCCCGGUUUUGGGGAGAGUGAUCCUCAUCCCAACAGAAAUCUUAACUCAUCUGCUAUGGAUAUGUUGCAUCUAGUCAAUGCUGUCAAUGUUAGUGAUAAGUUCUGGUUACUGUGCCACUCUAGUGGAUGCAUUCAUGCUUGGGCUGCUCUCAGAUUCAUUCCCGAGAGAAUUGCAGGUGCAGCUAUGUUGGCUCCUAUGAUUAAUCCAUAUGACCCACACAUGACUAAGGAUGAGAUGAAAAGAACUUGGGAGAAGUGGCUACCAAGGAGGAAAAUGAUGUAUUCCUUGGCUCGUAGAUUUCCAAAACUUCUCGCUUUUUUCUACCAGAAAAGCUUCUUGCCUGAAAAGCAUGACGAAAUUGAUAAGCUGCUCUCUUUGUCGCUAGGAAAGAAGGAUAAACUUUUAAUUGAAGAACCAGAAUUUGAGGAAUUUUGGCAGAGGAGUGUGGAGGAGUCAGUUCGUCAGGGAAACAUACACUCAUUUAUUCAGGAAGCUGUUCUGCAGGUAUCAAAUUGGGGUUUUGACAUUGAAGAACUUCACGUGCAGAAGAAGUGUCAAACAAGAGGCAUACUUCUUUGGUUGAAAUCCAUGUACAGUCAAGCAGAAUGUGAAUUAGCAGGAUUUCUUGGCCUUACACACAUAUGGCAGGGAUUAGAUGAUAGGGUGGCCCCACCAUCAAUGAUGGAAUAUAUAGAACGGGUUUUGCCAGAGGCUGACAUCCAUAAGCUUCCAAACGAGGGCCACUUCUCUUAUUUCUUUUAUUGUGAUCAGUGCCAUAGGCAGAUGUUUGCCACUCUCUUUGGAAAUCCUCAAGGUCCGGUUGAACGACAAGAGGAAACUGCAUUCGAGGAGGAUAAGGAAGAGGUUUUACAAGCAGUUGUUUGACUGCUUCUAUUGUUAAAUGACUCGUAACUGCAGAUGUGCACGUCUUAGGUUGGAUGUAAAUACCACAGGUGGCUCCGCUGCUCGGUGGAGCUUGAAAGAAGAGAAUGCUAAUUUUUAUUCUCAUCAGAAUUUUGAACCGCAAGAGCUUUUGGAGAUAUAGGUAAAACACGAAUGUCACAUGCAUUUUUUUCCCCUUCUCUCCCCUCCCUAAGCAAAUUGUACCUUAAACCCUGUCUAAUUAGUUGGUUCUACUACUUCCACUUGUAGUCAUUUUUGAAAAAUUUACAUGAAUAUUAGACAUUUAUAAACAUUUGAAAUUUUACAAAAGUACUUAAAAGAGAAUGAAAGAAAUGUUAUUAGAAUAAGC